ACGUUCGGGGAGAAGGUUCUGGGCUCCCUGGCCUGGUUGAUGCCGCUCUCCGUCGCCCUCUCCACCUUCGGCGGCGUCAACGGGUCCCUCUCCACCUGCUGCAGGCUUUUCUACGCCGGGGCCAAGGAAGGGCAGCUGCCGGCCCUGCUGGCCAUGAUCCACCUGCACAGACACACCCCUGUCCCCGCCCCGCUCCUCACCUGUGUGUCGACGCUGCUGAUGUUGGUGACGGGCGACAUCUACACGCUCAUUAAUUACGUCGGCUUCGUUAAUUACCUCUGGUACGGCGUCACCGUCGCUGCCCUCCUCCUCCUGCGCCGCCGCGAGCCCCACCUGCCCCGCCCCAUCAAGGUUUCCCUGUUUUUCCCAGUUUUGUACCUGCUCUUCUGGGGGACCCUGUUGGUGUUCUCGGUGUGGGCGGAGCCUCUGAUCUGCGGGGUCGGUUUGGGGGUCAUGGCCACGGGGACCCCCCUUUACCUCCUGCUCGUCCGGGGGGGCCACAAACCCCCCCACAUCCGACUGCUCAUGGGUGAGAAACUUCGGGAAUUUUUCGGGAAUUUUUCGAGGAAUUUUUAA